AUGACAUAUGUCCCGAUCCAAUACCUCAUCCCGAUCUGCGACAUUAUGUGGGGUAUCUUCACGCUCCUUCAGUACCGAGUCAACUCCUAUGCCGAGUUGGCUGCGUACAGAUUCAUGGUCGGCUGGUUCGAGGCUGCUUUCUUCCCGGCGAUGCACUACGUCUUUGGCUCUUGGUAUCGAGGCCACGAGAUUGCCCGCCGCGGAGGUAUCUUCUACACCGGUCUGGCCGCCGGCACUCUAACCGCUGGCCUCAUCCAAGCCGGCGCAUCCAGAUCUCUUGAAGGCGUCCAUGGCCUGGAGGGCUGGAGAUGGAUGUACAUCAUCUGCGCCAUAAUCACCAUCCCCGUCGGCAUCUUCGGCUUCUUCGUCAUCCCGGGCACCGUCGACCAGCCCAACAGAUUUUGCGUCAACAGCAAGGACAUUGAGACCGCGCGCGAGCGUCUCGAGAAGCACGGCCACGUGCUGCACGGCAAGAUGAAGUUCGGCCACAUCAAACGGACCCUGCUCGGCUUCCGCUUCUGGCUCGUCAUCGCGACCGACGUCCUCUUCUGGAACGCCGGCAUCCACAAGAACACCGGCUCCUACCUGCUCUGGAUCAAGAGCCUCGGGCGCUACAGCGCCGCCAAGGUCAACGAGAUGGGGACCAUCGCCCCCGCCCUCGGCAUAGCCUACACCCUCAUCGCCUGUUUCGCCUCGGACAUGUUCCUCGGGCCGGCCUGGUCCAUCACCGUCUGCUCGGCUCUCAACGCGCUCGGCCUCAUCUUCUUGACCGUGUGGACCGUCCCCGAAGGCGGGCUAUGGUUCGGGUUCGCAACCAUGUAUUGGUCCAACGCCCUGUCUUCCGUCUUCCACGGCUGGGUCAACAACCUUUUGCGCGACAGCCCCGAGGAACGUAGCUUCACCCUCGUGCUCAUCAACCUGCUCUCGCAGAGCUCGACGGCCUGGACGCCCCUUCUCACCUUCCCUACGGUGGAGGCUCCCCGGUUCAGGAAAGGAUAUUCGUUUUGUCUGGGCUGUGCCAUCGCUUUGAUCGUCUUCACCUGGGUCAUGCACUACUACCUGAAGAGGGACAGGAGACAGAAAGCUGGCUCGGCGGAUGAGGAGACAAGUAGUCGUCAUGGCAGCGGCGUGACGACCUCGCUUGAGGGCGACUUGAAGAAAGCCGAGAACUCUACUGCAGAGGAGAAGAACAUUGAGAAGAACAUUGACUAA